GGGUUGGUGAGAUCAGUAAGUGGGCGUUUUCACAUUUCAGACUUGUGAGUCCACGAGUGCCUGAACUUGCAUUCAGUUCCCAAGAACUCAACAGGUCUCUCCCCCCUCCCCGCCCCCUUCAGAAGAGUAAAGUGGAUCUCUGUGUGUGUGUGCAGCAGCAAGCGACCAGAUACCGGGAACUGGUGCGAUCAUUCAGGGAAUGGAACAUUUUCCAACUUUCAUCACCUAGUGACAACAUAAAGCACUCCACGACCUGGUAUACAGCCUUGAAACAACUGAGAGAAAAUUAGCUCACAAAUGCUCAAAGACAAGUUUCAUUUCCAGUGUAGCUUCACCAUAGUAAAAACAUCCUGAGGUGCUUCAACGAGGGGAGAACAGGCACUGAGCAGUGAUAGAUUUAGGAAGAGAAACCGCGGCAGAGGCGACUCUUGAGGGGUUCCAGUGCUUUGAGGGACCCAGGAGAGAUAGAGAGAGAGAGAGAGGGCGUCAAAGCAUGGCCAGACUGAUGAAGCAGAGCCCUCCGCUGGGCUGAGCAGAGACGCUGUUCAGUGAUGACAGAAGCCGAGUGGAGUACAAGUCAGCCUAACCCAACUACUGGGAUUGUGCUACCCUGGCUCAGCCAAGAUUAACUAACAAACCACGAAAAUCGUGAAGAAGACGGAUAAAAAACAGGGUAUGACCGAGGCACAGUAUCGGUCAGCAACGUAAAGGAUUCUAGAUGUACAAGGCAAGCUGAGAUGACACCCCUUUCUGACUUGGAGCAGCAGUGUGUGAUGAAGAGACUCCGGAUUUAAUAAACCCACCAAAUGCUGCUGGGCUUUGUGCUUGCGUUUAUAUGUGCAAUUCCAAAUUGCCAAUCUCCAGCAAAAGCAAAAUGUGAUGUGUGUUAGUCGUCACCGAGUGUCCUGGUUUAGAUGGAAGAAUUUUCAGAGCACAGCUCUAGUUAACAAAUUGCUGCUUCCACUCUUAAGUCAUAAAAAAAACGCACACAAGGAUUAUUCUCACCAGGCACAUGUACUGUUUCUCCUCCCAAGUGUUUGGAUGAAGCAAACACCGGCUUUCCAUUCACAAGAGCUGCCUCUGGCAUUGUGGAUUUUCUAAACGCCUGCUGUUUUACAAUUAGAAUUCCUUAAUUGUUAAGAGUGAUGGGAAUGUCACGGACCAGAGUCUGUUUCAUGGACUGGAUUACUUUAUUGCAGUUAUGGAUUAUGUUUCUAUUGGGACUGUGUGCACAAAUAGCCGGGGCGGAUUUUUGUCCUUUGGAGUGCCGUUGUGAUAGGAAAUUUGUUUACUGUAAUGACCGUGGUUUGACAUCAGUGCCUGCUGGGAUACCAGAGGGUGCUGUUAUUCUCUACCUCCAAAACAACGUCAUCAACAAUGCUGGAUUUCCUCUUGACUUGCGAAAUGUGCUCUCUGUUCAAACGGUAUACUUGUACGGCAAUGAACUGGAUGAGUUCCCUGUAAACCUACCAAAAAACAUGAAGGAGCUCCACUUGCAGGAAAAUAACAUCCAGACUGUCUCCAGGGAAGCCAUCAGCCAGUUGCAGAAACUUGAAAAGCUACAUCUGGAUGACAACUCCAUCUCAACUGUUGGCAUUGAAGAUGGCGCUUUCCGAGAAGCUACCAACCUCAAGCUGCUGUUCUUAUCCAGGAACCAUUUGAGCAGUGUGCCGAUUGGGUUACCGUUAGGCCUGGAGGAGCUACGGCUAGACGAGAAUCGGAUCUCCACUGUGUCAGAGCUAGCCUUUCGGAACCUGACCCUUCUUCAGCGCUUGGUCUUGGAUGGGAACCUCCUGACUGACGGAGGGAUUGCCGAGGGAGCCCUGGAGCAGUUGAUGAAGUUGACAGAGCUCUCGCUGGUGCGGAAUUCUCUCACCGUGCCCCCACCGAACCUUCCAGGCGGCAACUUGGUGAAACUCAGUUUGCAGGAGAACCAAAUCAGUCAGAUUCCAGUUGCUGCCUUCACUCAACUGAAACGACUCGAGAAGUUGGAUCUUUCCAAUAACCAGCUCCGGAUGCUGGUGAAAGGAGUUUUCAAUGGUAUGACUAGUUUGAAACAGAUUCUUUUGAGGAAUAACCCCUGGCAUUGUGACUGCAACAUAAAGUGGGUGACCAAAUGGCUGCAGUCACUUUCGUUUUCUAUAAACGUGCGUGGGCUGAUGUGUCAGGGGCCCGAUAAAGUCAGAGGAAUGGCUAUAAGAGAUCUGAAUAUAAACCUAGUAUCCUGCCCAGUUACCACCCCUGCUCCUCACGUCACACCCAUCCCCCCCGCCCCUUUGCCAUCUGCCAUAGUGACUGUCAUCCCCACUACUUUUAAUCCUGCUAACAACACCUCCAUUCUCCCCUUCGCACCGGGGUCGACGUCCCUUGUCCCUACAAGAGACAAAGAAUUCACGGACUCUUUGCCAGUCGGCCAACUGCGACUCACUGUUCAAUUUGUGAAUGACACCUGCAUUCAAAUCAGUUGGCUGGCCAUCUUCACGGUGACCAAGUAUAGAGUCACGUGGGUGAAGCUAGGCCACAGUUUAGUCGGUGGCAUUAUGCAUGAAAGGAUAGUUAGUGGGGACACGGAGCAGCUGAGCUUGCUGAAUCUGGAACCCAAAUCGACCUACAGGAUUUGCAUGGUUCUCCUGGAUGCCUCAAAUAACUUUCACCCCGAGGAUGAUACAGUUUGUUCAGAAGCCACUACAAAGUCGUCAUCUUUUAACACAAACAUGGCCUCGAGUCCCGAGCAGGCGACCCAACAGGAUCUGAGCUCCCCUUUACUGUUGGCAGGGCUGAUAGGGGGAGCAGUGAUCAUCGUACUGGUUGUUCUACUCAGCAUUUUCUGCUGGCACAUGCACAAAAAGGGGAAAUACAAUUCACAUUCGUGGAAGUACAAUCGAGGACGGAGGAAAGAUGACUACUGUGAGGCGGGCACUAAAAAGGACAACACAAUUCUCGAAAUGACUGAGAACAGUUUUCACAUAGUCUCAUUAAAUAAUGAACAAAUGCUUAAGGAGGAUUUUAGACUGCAGUCGAUAUACCCUCCAAAUGGAGCGAUUAACUUUACAGACUGUCACACCAGAAGCAACAGCAGAUACUGUACUAGUGGGGCUCCAGAUUUGGAACAAUGUCAUACAUGACCAUGCAGUAUAAAGACCCUGCAGUUAUGGGACUUUCUAGAAUAUAUUUGUGAAAUAUUGUCCAGACAGAUUGUGUCUGCCUACUGUGUAAUUUAUACAGUGUAAAAAAAAAUUGCUAUCUUUUCUAUUACAAAAAAUAAGUAGCAACAAUUUUGUAAUGCAGUCAAGUGGUUUAAAAAAAGAGAUUAAGUAAGCUGUAUAGUUGUUGCUGUACAAUCAAGGCCUAUGUUCAUAAAUGAUUUUUUUAACGUUUGACAGCAUUUAAUGACGUAGUUUCACAGUCGGGGUUUAAAACAUCUUUUGAACAGUUACACUGGCACCUAAUUUAGAAACCAACAAAGACUGAUAGUUAAUCUGAUCUUCCCAAACUGUCCUCUACCAUGUUUGCUCACCUUCCUGUUUUAAAAAUGUUUGUCCUUUGCUGUGGUAUAGUUUUUCCUGCCAUUGGUACCUUGCUCCUCAUGGCCAUAUCGAGUUGUGAGCCUAAAUGUGAGUGUAAGCAAAUGGCCUCGGAGGACAGUCCAGCCAAGCCCAACAUCCACCUGUUUUCCAGCAGGGGGCCACUGCAUAGCAAUUAGGCAUUUGUAGCUUCUGAUGAUUUCCACCCCCCUGCCCCAGCCCCCACUAUCUGUAGCCCAGGGCAUUGUGAACUGUUUUAGCAUUCAGACACUCAGCUAGGAGCAACUAACUCAGCUCAGUUCAGACUGGAAGUUGAACUUGGGACCUAUGGUCUCCAAGACUGGAAACCACAUCACACAUCUACCUAACGACCCAUUUCAGGAGCUUAAUCAGAUGCAUCAAUUGACUGUUCAGUACUUUCAGUAUACUGUAUGUACAAUAUAAUUUAAUACGCUCUUAGCAGAGUCUCCUUAAAACUCCACUUAAGCUACGACCUUCCAUUUUAUUCAAUGCUUUGAUUAGAUUUCCCCCAACAAUUAGAUCAAUUAAGUUUUUUAGACUUUGAACUCCGCAAUAGUCAAUAUUUAAUAUAUUUGAAGAGCGUGGUGGUUUCAUAAUAAUGAGGUCAGAAUCCAUGUGGAAUUUGCUGCAAUGACAUUUUGCAUGUUACAGCACAUUUGUCGAUUAACUGAAAACAAAUAAGGCUUAUUCUCAAACAACAAAGUAAUUAAUUCAAAGGGUGCAUUGUCUUCAUUGUUGAUUUGUUAAAAUUUUGCAGUUCUUUAUUGAGACCAAGAAGUUUUCAGGAACACUUUAAUAAAUAUGAUUAACAGCACUUUGACCCAGAGCUAACCAAACCAUGGCAACAGUGAAGCAUUAGGAUGUCAACUCACUGACCAACUCUGUACUGGCGAAACUAAUCAUAUAACACAUUCCGUAGGGUUCCCACAUGUAAUAGUUACACUUACAUCUCUUCCAUUCAAAUGGAAGCCAUUUGUUACAUUUCAUACUUGUUGCACAGAUGAAUGGGCUACGAUUGGGGCGUUGAAUUAUUAUCAGAUUGUUGGGACAAUUGCUUCAAUAUUCAGGUACAUUACAGUUUGACAAAAAUGGCCUCAUUUCUUAGUUUAGCGUGCAGAGGAUAGCUUUCACAGGAACAUGUUGCUGUCCUACUGAAUGAAUCUUACCCAGAUAAUUCAGAUUGGCUAGUUUGCAUCUAAUACCUUUAUAUUCUAAACUGAGGGUGUUUAUUUCUUUCUCCCUUUGUCUCUGUCUGUCUCCCUGUGCCUUCCAUGCCACAAGCAGGACGACCUGUUUCCUUACCCCCCCCAGAUUUCUGUCAGCUCUGUUGGCAGCCUGAGGGAAGGGUGUAAACUCCACCAUGGCAUGACCGAGAUCAGGAACUCGUCAUGCAUAAGCACAAUUUCACCCAUGUACUACCAGAGCUCCAACACUUGGGGCUAUGUGCCACAGUAUGUUAUUUAGUUAACGCAAAGGACAGCUUGUUAACUGAAGAAAUGUGACUCCAUUUUAAUAUUAAGAACACUGCAUUAACAGUAAUCUGUACAAUGUUUGAAUGAUAACAGUGCUCUGUACAAUACUGAUAGGUAAAAUAUUCACACAGUACCUUAUCUUGGACAUACUGAUGUUAAUGAAAAUUGAAGGAUUAGCAGUUCACUUAAGUUUCUGAAGAUCAUACGUUUAAUUGAUUCAAUUUGAUUAAUCCACGCAAACAUUGACCCGAUUGAAAUGUUCAUUCUUUGUACCUUCCACUUGGCAGCAGACAGUUCUGAAAUUAAGCCAGUGUUGGGAAUAAGCAAUACUGGUAAACAGGCAUUACAUCUAAGGUGAACAGAACAAUAACAAAAAUCCAGAUUCAUUUUUUUUAAAAAAUGCCUACAGCAAGAAUGCUUAAAAAUGUAUUAAAAUCAACGACUACUUUUGUAAUGCAGAUGUCAGAACAUGUUUGUGCAAAUGACAGUGGCAUUUUGGUUUAAUUUUUCCUUUUGUUCCAAAUUUUCCAUAGUGCAAGGAACCAAAGUUCAUUAUCUUGCACCCUUUUGGUGUAUCAUGUAUGUGCCUUGAAUUUAAAUCAUAAUGUUGAGUCCUUGAAACCUCCUCAUCUCCCCACCCCCCACCCCAGUCUUUUAUUUUACAGAGAAUGUAUGAAAACAUUAAAGAAACAAAGCUUUUAUGAAACAAUAAACAGCUAUGAAAGUUGAAUAUUUCAACAAAAAAAAAUCAUGUGAAUCAUUUUAAUUUCAGGUAAAGAUAACCCUGUGACCUUUAUAUUUGUGCAGUCUUGGAGUUCUUCUCUUUGGUUCUGAGUUGUUACAGAAGCAACAAGUAACCCUUUUGGGACUUAACGACCGCUUUUUACCAUUUUAAAGUACUUCUAGAAAAAAGACUAAAAUGAUUGUGUUUUUUUUUAAAUGAAAACUAGUACAUUUUUGUAGUAAUUUAAACAAAUACAGUGACCAAGCAAUUAGUCUGUGAAAGUAAGCAUUUGUGGACCAGCACAUGAUAACCCCUGUCGUGGUUAUUUAUUCCCCUUCUAAAAUAAAAAUAACCUGAGCAUUUACUAAAUUGGACAGUGUUACCCUAUACAGUGCAGCACAUUCCUUUAGAUCCAACAUGCACGGACCUGUUACCACAAUUGACAACCAGUUAAUCCUUGUUUUCUAACAGAUCAAUGCACUGCUAGCUUUUUAUUUUUUUACGUAGCUGCUUCAAAGCCAAUGUUGUAAUAAAAAUAAAUCCUUUCAAAAUAUUUUUUCUACUGCAAAAGUGAAUUGAAAAAAAACACUUUUUUUUUACAAUGGGUGAAAAAACACAUUUCUGAACCAUAGGGAGUUAAAGGGAGCAAGGUCACUUGUGCUCAGCUUUACUGUUUAGCCUUAUCUAGAGCAGAAAAUCUCACGUUGAAAGUUCAACAGUGCAUUUUAUGUUUUGUAUAUAUUUUUGUCUUGUUAAGGUGGGAGAAAGAAAUCUCAUGCUUUAUAUAUAAAAUGGCUACUUGAUGUAACUUAUAAUAAUGCACAGAUAUACUUGUUAUACUGACAGGUUGCAGAUUCCAGAUAAACUCUGUACCUCACUUGCAUAUUCCUUACUUUCAACAAAUUCUCUGUAUUUCUAAAACAUUGUUUGAAGGAUGUCCAUAACCAAAAUGCAAAAUAAAGUAUGGUCACAACGUA